UUGUUUUGUUUGUUUUUUUCAGAUGAGGUUGAGCUGUGGAUAGUCAUGACUAGCAUUGUGUCUGGAGCCAUCAUGUACACGGUGAUGGUCGCCAACACUGCUGCAAUGAUGUCUGAUGUGGACAUAACAUCAAGAGUGUACAAGAACAAGAUGAAUCAUCUGGAAGAUUAUAUGACUUUCAUGAAGCUUCCCAAAGCCCUUCGUAUGCACAUCAGCAACUACUUUCAGGCUCGUUAUGAAGGGAAAUGGUAUGAUGAGAAAGAUGUCCUGAAGUGGGUGUCUUCAUCUCUCAGAGAGGAAAUUCUGAUGACCAUGUGCUCAGCCCAUGUGAGAAAAGCUCCCUUUUUCCGGAACUGUGAUAUAAACUUCGUCAAUGCCAUUCUUCUGGAGCUGCAGUAUGAGGUCUACCAGGAGGGUGACAUCAUCAUCCGCCAGAACGCUCCUGGUGACCGCAUGUUCUUCAUCGAGCAUGGGCAGGUCUUUGUGGAGAAUGAGUUUUUCCGUAGGGAACUGUGUGAUGGACACUAUUUUGGAGAGUCAUGUCUCUUAACAAGAGGAAGGCAUUUGGCUACAGUACAAGCUCUGACUAUCUGUCAGCUUUUUUCCUUGUCGGUGGACUCCUUUCAUUCUGUUCUGAAGGACUAUCCAGACAUCAGAAGGGACCUGGAGACAUUUCAACUGGAUAAAGACAGUUUGUUAUCUUGAGAAAAUGGCUACACCUGCAUCAAACCCCUCCUGCAGCUUCCUCAGCAUGCACUUUGCCAGAUUUGCCAGCUUUGCUUUGCUUGGAUAUUCCUCUUUAUUGGCAUAGAUUUCCAGAAGUGGUUUUGGAAUAUUCUGUUCCAGCUGGUGGAUGUGGCCUUAAGUAUCCUCAGCUGUCGGAAAAUGGACUUUGUAAAGCAAAUAAAGUGUGACUUGGCAACUACAUUGGAAUGGGAUUCCUCUGAGAAUACUGAUUUUAGACUGUUUGUAGGCCACCUUCUCAAGCUCCUCCCCUCCUGGCCUCCGCUGCUAUACUACUU